UCUAGGGGCCCUAGGAGAGAAUCCAGCGCUGAUUAAUAGCUGCCUAUUGGCCCUUUCUAACGCCCACACAACUGAUGUCUGGCUAAAAAUCAGCCAAUAGCUAUUGGGCUAUAGGAGUGUUGAUGCGGCCCCCUCCCUAAAGCCUCCCAUUACAAUCUUAUUGUUGAUCCAUUGGGUCCACUUAUUGGAUCUUCCCGAUUUGGCUCGGCACAUUUGUGCACCAUUCAGGUAAGGAUCGACUCGUUUGGCAUAUGGUUUGGAUCUCAAGCUGACCAUACACGGUAAGAGCGGAUCUCUUCCCCCCCCCCCGAUAUGCCCACCUAAGAUGCCCAAUGUUGGUUUACAAUGAUGGGAAUAGGAGUAGAUGGUCCUCGAUGGGAAAAUCAAACUUGCCCGAUUUUCAGUCAGAUAUCGGUUAUAUCAACAUAGGCAAAUAUAUGUAUGUUGCCCCAUGUAAGAAUAUACCCCCUGUACUACUGUCUCUGGGCCGGCGGACUACCAGGGAAAAACCCGGUUGUCCCCGCUGGCCCACACUCCCUCUCCCGAUGCGCCUAAGGUAAGAAUGAAGGUUGCUCGCUAAGGGGAGGGGGUUGGCUGGGUGGCAGGGGCCCCUGGGGUAGAGGGAGAAGUCUCCAGAGUAACCCCUUGCUUUAGGCAAAUCAGAUGGAUUUGGUAGCCCAUAUGGCUAAUCUCCUAGAAAGCACUUAAUACUUUUAAAAAUUGGCAGCAUUAAUGCCCCCUGUAUUGCCACCCCCAUUGCCACCACAAGCCCCGCCUUUCCGCCACUCUCUGUAUAAAUUAGCAUUGCUGGUGCUCACCAGCAUGGAGACCUCAGACUGUCUGGGGCAGUCUCUUUCAUUCCGACAGUGUCACUCUCGCUGGAGGCUGAAAAUAAUUCCCUCUGUUGGCGGAUACGGCUAAAGCCCCCCGAGGAAUUAAAGGUCAGGGCUCAGCAAGGAAAUACAUGUUAAAUCAAAGGCAAAGCUAAAAGCGGUUUGUUCCACAUUGGGAAGAGGGGGGUAAUCGGAGGAUUUGCUCGGAGAUAUAAAGUCCCUCGGGGGAUGAAGAGAAAUCUCCCUGCAGCAAAAUGAAUUUAUUUACAAUUCAAUAUUAUAAGCGCAGUUCCUUUCUGUGCAGCUAGGGGGAGACCUGAUUUAGCAAAGCUCCAUAUGUUUCACUGAUGGUUCCUACCAAUAUGAUACCAAACAUUCUCUUCUUUUCCAGCGCUGAGAAGCUUUGCCCCAGUCAUUCAGGGGUUAAAGAUUUGGAUGGUUCUGUCAUUGAGCUCUAACCCCCAAUUGGGAGUUCAAGCGCAUCAGGUGGAGGCAGACGUGUGUAGCAAGGUAAUGUAAGGGGAGAUGGCCUUAUCCCCAACUAACAUAAAUAUCCCCAGGAGCGGAGACCCCCUAUGUAGAAUGCAUCUCACAAGACCUAAAUCUGCCAAAGGCCGUACCCGGACCAACCCAGUGGAUGCUUCCCAUAGUGUCGAGGCCUAUUCCAACCACGUGCCGUCUCCUUCUCCGAGGGUUCCCGCCAGCCGCCCGGCUUCUCGAAUCAGCCCAGAGGAUGUCCCCGAACUUCUGCAUCAGAUUCCGUGCCGGCCGCCGUCCUCCUCCCUCAACCGAUACAAGGUGCUGCCCUCCAUCAGGAUGUCGGGGGCUGCCGACCAGCGGGCAGACGACGAGGAACUGGCCCAGCACACAAGCACCCUGAGGCUGGGAGGCGACUCGCAAGGACGGCAAAUGAAAGCACUUUAUCGCGACCAGACUCAGACUGUGCAACACAAUAGGGAGGCAUCCCAGGAACAGAAGCCUCAGGGCAUUUUCAACCAUUCUGCCCACGGGAACCUACCGGAACCCUCAGACCAACAGCCCCCUCUGCUGCUGGCCAUUAGAUCCCACACCGGCCAAAGGUUUGAGCGGUAUUUCCGGCCCACAGACACCCUACUAACUGUCCUGGCUGCGGCCGAGGAGCAAACCGGGGUUUCCUGUAAGGACUGUAGCGUUGAGUCUAUGGAGGUGCCUCGAAGGAGCUUCCCCAUCCUAAGCUGGACCCUGCAGCAAUGUGGCAUCCCCAACAAGUCUGUUCUGUGUAUCCACCAACUGGAACUGGACUGAGGAAAAGAACCCUGUCAGUACCGGGGAUACUAUUCAUUCUACUGCAGGUCCCAAGUCGCCAGUCGGCCAGCUCUGUGCCCAGUGUUGUCAUCUGUCAGCCCCUUAACUGGAUCAGAACCCUGGCAGGUAGAGUUUAUGGGCUCCAGCCGUAACCAAUCAUUUCCUUUCUCACCCCGGGGUGAGAAACACACAUUUUAUAAUUAUAUAUAUAAUAUUUACUAAUUGUACAGUGUAUAACCUUAUAUUCUGCCUUAAUAUAUUGGGCCAACUGCUGUGUAUUCCAACUGAUGAUAGUCACUUGCUUUAUGUGGACUUGGUCUGUUUAGCUCUCUGUCUGUCCUGCUAAGGUCUUAUCCCACUGGGGAUCUCUCCUGCCCUGAUUGGAUAAACCUGCCUCUAUAGAGGAGAAUAUGCCACUAUGCAUACACUUAGCUGUCUGCAGAAUUGUUUUAUUUGUAUUAAAAUAGUUAGAUAUUCAAAAACAAAACUAGGCUAGAGGAAACUAGGCUAUAUAUAUAUAUA